CUAUUAAUACAAAAAAGAAAACACAGCCCAAUAGCAACGAAACGCACAUUGCUCAAGAGUUUUUAUAAAUUUAAGAUUUUCCAAUACAAUGGCGGAUAAUAACGAGGAGGGAGCCGUUGGAGGCGAUGUGAAUAAUAAUAGUAGUGAUUUACCCACGUCAAAUGGUGAUCAGCAAGAAGGGCAGUCACAGGAGCAGUCGCAGAAUGAGCUGCUUGACAUGGUUUUCACGUUGGAGAGUGAGAAGCAGGCACUGCUAGAGGAGUCCCGCAAACGGAUUGGAGCACUUCGAAAAGACUUUGAGGAAGCCAAAGUGGAGAAUGAGCGCCUGAAGAAGAAGGUGGUCCAGUUGGAACAAUCACUUAAGCAAUCUGUAAUGCUGGGCGGCACAGACGCUCCCAAAUCCCGCCAAGAGCAGGAGGAACUGCUUCUGAAGGCCAAAACCCUUUUGUUUGAAAAAACCAAAGUGAACAAGCAGCAGGAGCAGCAAAUAUCGGUUCUUAAACACCAAGUGGAGACCGUCAAGGAUGUGCUGCAGGUGACCAAGGAUAUGCUGCAACUGAAAACCACAGAGUGUGACCACACCCAAGCCCGCCUGGAGAAGAGCCAACUCUGGAUCAAGGCGGAACAAGACAAGUGUGCUCUCACAGAGAAAAAACUGGCCAUAUCCAAGUCCGUCUAUGAUAAACUGCGAGCAGAGUACGACACGCAGUCGAAAAUAUUCAAAGAACUCAAAUCGGCAUACGAGCAGAAGGUUAAGGUCCUUAGCUUGGCUUUGGAGGAGGCCAAAAAAUAGUUGAACAAUUUAAUAAACUACGUUAAUUAAAUGCA